AUGGGUUUUGGCAAGGUUGGAACUGAAGUUGCUAGGCGUGCCAAGGGGCUUGGUAUGCAUGUUAUUGCACAUGAUCCGUAUGCCCCAGCUGACCGUGCUCGUGCAAUUGGAGUCGAGCUUGUAAGCUUCGAUGAAGCUAUAUCGUCUGCAGACUUCAUCUCACUUCACAUGCCACUUACUCCAUCUACAUCUAAAAUUCUCAACGAUGAAAAUUUUGCAAAGAUGAAAAAAGGAGUGAGAAUUGUCAAUGUUGCGCGUGGUGGAGUGAUUGAUGAGGAAGCUUUAGUGAAGGCACUUGAUUCAGGCAUUGUAGCCCAGGCAGCCCUUGAUGUUUUCACAGUGGAGCCACCACCAAAGGACAACAAAUUGGUGCAACACGUGAAUGUAACUGCAACUCCUCAUCUUGGUGCUAGUACUAUGGAAGCUCAGGAAGGAGUGGCCGUUGAAAUAGCUGAAGCUGUUGUUGGAGCCUUGAAGGGGGAGCUUGCUGCUACUGCUGUCAAUGCACCAAUGGUUCCGUCGGAGGUUCUGACUGAGCUGAAACCAUUUGUUUCACUUGCUGAAAAACUUGGUAGACUUGCUGUCCAAUUAGUUGCAGGUGGGAGCGGGGUGAAAUCAGUUAAAGUUACAUAUGCUUCUGCUAGAGCUCCAGAUGACCUUGACACAAGGUUGCUUCGUGCUAUGAUUAUCAAGGGUCUGAUUGAGCCUAUUUCCAGUGUUUUUGUGAACUUAGUGAAUGCUGAUUUCACUGCUAAACAAAGAGGACUUCGCAUAACUGAAGAACGGGUUGUCCUGGACGGUUCGCCUGAAAGUCCACUUGAGUCCAUCCAAGUUCAAAUUGCCAACGUGGAAUCAAAAUUCGCCAGUGCCAUAUCUGAUUCUGGAGAGAUCAAAGUUGAGGGUCGGGUUAAAGAUGGAAUUCCACAUUUGACAAGGGUCGGGUCUUUUGAAGUGGACGUGAGUUUAGAAGGCAGUAUCAUCCUCUGCAGGCAGGUUGAUCAGCCAGGAAUGAUCGGAAAGGUGACAUUAAAAGCUAGUUCUUCCAGAAAAGCAAGAUAA